AUCCCAUAGGGAAUGCUUAUUGUCUGAACAUAGGGAUGGAUGCAGUGAUUGCUUUUGUAAUCCCGGGACACAAGCACUGGUUAAUCUGUGAAAUGUGCAAUAAAGCAGUGAUUCAGCUGCAACGUGGCCUUUGAUUGGGCGCAUUCUCCUUCAUUGUGAUCAGCUUCUUUCUUCUGCCUCCUCUGGAUUUCAGCAAACAAGGCCUGUGCCUAUGGAAAGAUUAUUACGAUGGGGGAUCAAGAAACCAUGACUGAGGUUCCCGCGGCCCUGAAGCGUCUUGCCAAGUAUAUGGUUCGUGGCUUUUAUGGACUGGAGUACUCGCUGACCCUCGAUGUUCUGAUCCGAUAUCCGUGUGUGAAAGAGGAUGACAUUGCUCUGCUUCUGAAGUUUGAAAAGAAGCAACUUCGCACCAUCCUUAAUACCCUGAAAUCAGACAAGUUCGUCAAGUGUCGCAUGAGAGUGGAGACCGGCCCAAAUGGCAAGAGCACCAGACAUAACUAUUACUACAUCAAUUACAAAGUUCUGGUAGACGUUGUCAAGUAUAAACUGGACCACAUUCGGCGUAAAAUAGAGUCUGAUGAAAGGGAUUCCACCACCAGAGCUUCGUUUAAGUGUCCUGGAUGCCUCAACACAUACUCAGACCUGGAGGUUAACCAGCUCUUCGAUCCAUUCACAGAGCUUUUUCGCUGCACAUAUUGCAACGUUGAAGUCGAGGAAGACUCUUCCUCUCUGCCCAAAAGAGAUGCCAGGACUUUACUAGCCCGCUUCAACGAGCAGAUUGAGCCCAUUUUUGUGCUGCUUCAGGAAACAGAAGAUAUUAUCCUUCCAUGUGAAUUGCUUGAACCCCAGCCUACUGAGAUCCCAGAGCUGUCAGGAAGCUUUGACCAGCAGUCUGGUUCACUAGCACUGGAUCUUCAAGGACAUCAAGGAAAGUGGGCCAACAAAAAUUCUAUGGGCAAUAUGUACGUACAGAACGUGACCAUUAAUGUGCGGGAAUCUGACCUUAAGAAAAAAGGCAAAGAAAGGAAGGUAAAGGAGCAGCCCGUGUGGAUGAAGAAUAGUACUGUGCAUGAGACCCCGGCCGAGGAAUCCAGUACUAGUUUAAAACCUGAACCUGUGAUAGAGGAUGAGAACGCAAACCUGAAGGAUGAUACCCCAGAUAAUGAAGUGAUAAGAACUCUCCUAAUCCAUGAGAUGAAAUCUAUGUCAGGACCAGCUGUCAAUUCUUUUCCUAAAAGUGAUUCGGGAAGUGAUACCAGCGAAUCAGACGAGGAGAAAAAAAGCACCAAACCAGCACUGGGCGAAUCACACAGCAAUGCAGAACAGGAGGAGGAGUCGGAGGCUGUGGAUCCGGUGGUUAUGGUCGGUGGACAGCCUCACGUCUAUAGUGAAGUCAGCCAGAACCCAAGCCUUGUCUCUUUCAUGACGGAGGAGGAGAGGGAAGCCUAUAUCAAAGUGGGACAGAAAAUGUUUCAGUCUGUUUUUGAAUGACACUAAAGGGAUCACCAGUUCAGAUGUUAUAAAGUUGAUUUGGGAACGGAUUCAGACUCUUUUGUUUCAGGAUAAAGACUGCCGAACUUAUUGAAUUCCUACUGAACUGUUGAUACAAAAUGUAUAAUUUUCAUUGUAGUUUAUUUUGUUAGUCUGGCUACACACUCACAUAGUCCUACAACACAAGAGCUCCGCACUGGAUGCUGCCCCCAUCCCUCCACCAAUAUUAACUAACCAACUGCCCUGCACUAUGACGUGGGAUAAAGUGGCCGACGGAUGUACCAUAAGUCUUUAGUUCCUGCCACGUUUUGGAAGGUAAAGAACGAUAACAAGGACAGUGUUGGUUUUGUGGUGCUCUAUGUAUUGUAAACAAAUAAAUGUGCACAUACAGCAUUAA